ACUGUUCAUCUCGCUAGGGUUUUGCUCGAUUACAUGAAGUGGUUGCUUUAAUACCUUCAGCAGCAGGCAGACAUGCAGAUUACAGAGCUAGAGCCACUCGCCCUAGGAACGAAGGAGUAAAAUAACUCAAUAUCUUUAGAAGACUGACUGGCUGGGGGAGGUGAAUGCGCUAUUGUAUCCGUAAAAAGGCUGCGUUAAAUAACGACAACGCAUAACACAGCAGAGGUGAGGCAAACAAACGGCCCUUGCCAGAGAGGUUGGGUGCGAAGACUGCAACUCGUGCACGAACAGCAGCAUCGUAUAGCAUUUAGAGAUGAAAGUGAAGCAAGGCUGCGACGCGGAUGUCCCGUGUACGACCGAAGAGGUUUUGUUAAAAAGCACAGAAAUAACGCCGGAGGAUGUACUCGGGCUGCAGAAGAUCACAGACAAUUACCUCUGUGGUCCAGAGCAGAACAUACACAAGAUCGACUUCACCAGGUUCAAAAUCCGAGACAUGGAGACAGGCACAGUUCUUUUUGAGAUCACCAAACCCCCUACAACAGAGAGUGGGGAGGGCAGAACGGACUUUGACCAGAACGCCGGGCGCUUUGUGCGUUACCAGUUCACCCCCGCUUUCCUCCAACUACGCCAGGUUGGCGCCACGGUGGAGUUCACUGUAGGCGAUGUUCCCAUCAACAACUUCCGAAUGAUCGAGAGGCACUAUUUCCGUGGGCAGCUGCUGAAGAGCUUUGACUUUGAGUUUGGUUUCUGCAUCCCGAGCAGUAAGAACACCUGUGAACACAUCUAUGAGUUCCCACCACUCUCUGAAGAAAUAAUGCGUGAAAUGAUCCUUCACCCUUAUGAGACGCAAUCUGACAGCUUUUACUUUGUGGACAACAAACUUGUGAUGCACAAUAAGGCAGAUUAUUCUUACAACGGUGGAUCGUAGGAAGUCAUUCUCACCUUUUGCAUUGAGUUGCAAUGGACCGGCAGAGGAAAGUGGCAUCUAGGCAUCUAAUCUUAUAUGUGAUGAUGCAUUUGGCUAAAACAAACAAAAAACACCCCAAUCUCAGGAUUUGUGUGUGUGUGUGUGUGUGUGUGUGUGUGUGUGUGAGUGAGAGAAAGAAUGUUGCUCAGAAUGGGCCAGUACUACUUUUUUCCUUAGAAUCAUGUAAAGUAUGUGAUAACUCUGUCUCUUCGAGGAUAUGAGUGUGCCUGUGCACAUGUGCAUUCAUUGCAUGCUCUGUUUUUUUGUGUUUUUCAAAGCCCAAAGCCAAAUAAUUCUAAACAACCCUGAUUUUUGACUAAAUGUUCAUACAGCGAUGUCGCUCAAGGCUUCUAAAGCAUAAAAAGAGCAUCAUGUUGAGUGGGUUGGAGAUACAGUGACCAAUGCAGUGUGUAAAGGAAGGGAUACUGUCAGGAACUGUGUAUUUUGCGCUGACAUUGCACCCACUUCCUGUUGGCCUCUACAGAAGGGCCUGGUUUUGCUUUAUUUUUCUCACUUUCAUUUUUGAAUGCUCAUAAUUUGGUCGAUGAUGUAAAUCUAUGUUAU